GUUGAAGCACUUUUUUUGAGCCCUACUUUAUCCAUGGCGUAUCCUCUUUCGCAGUGCACGGCUCUUGUGUUUGUUCCACCGCCCUCUGCAGCUAUCUUUGCUCCUUCCAAUAGCAGGCUUCAUUUAACAGGUGGGAGCAUUUGCAAUCGAAGCACUGAGGCUCUUAAGAAAGUGUCCAGAUGUGGUUCAGCAUCCUCCUCAAUCAAUUUUGACUACCAGUUUCGGGAUGACGGUGGAGAGCUAGAACUCCGACUCCAGGUGCCGCCUGAUCAUGAAGAGAUUAGCUCCAAGAACGUAGCAAUCAAUGCACACGAUCUUUCUCUCGACGUGGCUUUGAUGUCCCAAAAAGGCAUCAGGACUCUUCUCAGCAUCCCUCGGUUGUAUAGCAGGAUAAAGCCGAUUGAAACAAUGUGGUUCAUUGACGAGGACGAGAUUGUCUUGAGCUUGAAAAAGCAAGAUGUCACACAACCGUGGCCUGGCCUUCUGGAAGCUUGGGAGUACCUUGGGAAAGGUGUGGCCGGCAUGCUCAAAGCAACUUCCAUAUACAUUGUAGGAGAUUCCACAUUGAUUAACUCAGCAGUUGCAAAAGAGCUGGCUUUGGCGUUGGGAUACGUGCCUCUAGAAAGUAAAAAACUGAUGGAGCAGCUACUCAAGACGUCACUUGAUGAUUAUGCGAAGUUGGAAGGCCCGGAUGCGGUUGCAGAGUUGGAGUGCAAAGUUUUCGAGACUCUCAGCAAGCAGCUGAGAGUUGUCGUAGCAACACUAGGAGGAGAUCAAGGCGCGGCAUCAAAACCACAUAGCUGGAGAUUUAUGUAUGCUGGUUUUACCGUGUGGCUUUCACGCAGCCAGUCCCAAGAUGAAGCUGGCGCAGAGAAAGAAGCCGUGAAAGCGAAAGAAGGCAGCGUCGUCUACAGCAAAGCCGAGACGGUGGUCGCUCUUAGCGGCUGGGAAGACGGCGCUGCUAGAGACGCCGCGGAGGGUUGCCUUCGAGCUCUCAAGUAUCUCAUCGAGUCCGAUAAAGAACUUCCAGGGAACAAGAGCUUGUAUGUGCGACUAGGCGCUCGCGGUGAUUGGCCCAACAUCAUGCCUCCAGGAUGGGAUCCAGCGGCAUAGUUGGCCAAAAAGAAGGAAAAAGAAAAAGGAG